GUUUAUGGAUCCGGGAUGGAGAAAUCUAUCGCGGUCUGUCACAGCGCUCGCGAUCAGGGAGUGAAUCCCGGCGUGGGAGCCGUCCUGGCAGCGAUCAAGGCAUGCAAGCGCUCCAGGGACCUGGAAUCAGGUAGGAUGAUUCACAGGGACGCGGCCAAGAACGGGGAUUUGGACGCGCACCCGGCCAUCGCGAGCUCGCUGAUCGAUAUGUACGCGAAAUGCGGCAGCGCGAUGGAGGCUCGCGGCGUCUUCGAGAGCAUCCGGCAGCGCGACGUGGUUUCUUGGAACUGCAUCAUCCAGGGACUGGCGCUCAACGGCGAUGGUGAUGCCGCGCUGGGAUAUUUCGAUCGGUUUGUCCAGGAAGGGGGAGGCAGUGAUUCGUCGUGCCGUCCGGAUCAUGUCACAUUUCUUGCAGCGCUCAAGGCUUGCUCGAGCUUGAUCGAGCGAUCCAGGGGCCGUGGCUCCAGAGCUAGAUUCUUGGCUAGAAUCCAGGACAUCCACGCUCGGGCUGCCAGAUUCGGGGAACUCUCAGAAAUAUUUCUGGCCAGUUCUUUGACGGAUUCUUACGCCAAGUGUGGGAGCUUGGUGGACGCCCAGCUCGUCUUCGAGAGCAUGGAUUCCAGGAAUGCAGUCUCUUGGACUGCGGUGAUCUUGGGAUUUGCCGAGACCGGGCAAGCAGACUUGGCGCUGGAGUUCUACGCUGCCAUGCAAGAAGAAGGCUGCGAUCCCGACCGGGUCACGGUUCUCGCAGCGUUAAAAGCCUGCGCUUCUUUGGGAGAAUCAAGUGAGCAGUGGAGGAGUUCUCUCAGUGGUUGUCUAAGAAGAGGCAGACAAGUGCAUGGUCAAGCACUAAAAGGUGGCUACGAGCUGGAAAAAUUCGUGGGAAACGCCUUGGUGGACAUGUACUCGAAGUGUGGAAGUAUGGAGGAUGCAAGGCGGGUGUUCGACGCUUUGAGGAAACCAAGCGUGGUUUCGUGGAGCUCGUUGAUUCUGGGCUACGCACGGUGCGGGCAAGGCGAGCUCAGCUUGGAUUUAUACUCGAGAAUGCGAGGUGACGGAUACGUGCCAAAUGCUGUGACUUAUCUAGCUGCGCUCAAGGCUUGCGUGAGCUUGGCCGAGAGAGCAAGUGGUGAUGGUGGUGACAGUAGCAAGCCGGUUCAUGGGCGAGAGUCCGAGGACAAGGUGCUCAAGAGAAAGUGGCUCGAGAUUGGUAGAGGUAUUCACUCGCAAGCUGCCGCAGAUGGUCUCGGACGGGACCUCUUCGUGUCAAAUGCUCUCGUCGACAUGUACGCGAAGUGUGGGAGUGUGGAGGAAGCACGACGUGUUUUUGACGGCAUGACGGAUCGUGAUUCGGUCUCGUGGACAGCGAUUAUUCAGAGCUACGUCCAGGUCGGGGAAAGCGAGCAGGCUCUACGACUUUUUACACGCAUGAGAGGAGAGGGGCUUGUAGCGGACGCGGUGACAUUCGUGGCUGCUCUUAAGGCCUGCGCAAGCUUGGGAGCGUUAGAGAAAGGACGAGAGAUUUACAAGGAGCUUCAGCGAGCUGGAUUGGACAGCAACACCUUCGUCUGGACUUGUCUCAUCGAUUUUUUUGGCAAGUGCGGGAGCAUGGCCGAAGCUGAGCAGGUUACAGCUCUCAAGGAGACACCGACAGCGUGCUUGAUUUGUUCGAGAGGAUGAAGAAGCUGCGGUUGCAGCCGGACGACGUGAUCUUCCUCUCGAUUCUGAGCGCUUGCAGCCAUGCCGGACUUAUCGACAAAGGGAAGCAUUUCUUCACAGUCAUGAGCUCGGAGUAUGGGGUUUCUCCUUGCAUCCAGCACUACUCAUGCAUGGUUGAUCUCUACGGUCGUACUAAUCAGUUGAAUGAUGCAGUGGCAUUGGUGAGGAGCAUGCCAUUCGAACCAAAUCAUGUAAUAUGGACGUGUUUGCUGGAUGCUUCUCAACGGUGGAAGAAUGUGGAAGUCGGACAGCUUGCCUUCGAGUCCAUGUUGAAGCUUGCACUUCGAAUUAGAACUAUGUGCAGCGAUUCCAUUACACAAAUGCACGAAUCACGACUACUAUCGACAUAAGUCAUCCAGAGAUAAUCGAGAUCCACGAUUUGAAACAAGAGAGUAAAUCCAGAGUGACCACACCCGACAAUUGCGUUGUGUUGGCCAUCACCACCGCAGCAAGCCUCCACGUCAUACAGGAACUUAUAGCGGUCGGCUAUGAAGACGGUAGCUCCUUUGGUAAUCGCCUCCGAUUUGAACAGCCCUCUUGUUUGUCGAGAUAAAUUGGCGUACAGGCUGUGGAAGGCACAUUAAGAACCAACAGGCAUUCUGGAAAGACAGAACAUAUGAUCUUGAAAGAGUGAGCGAGACUUGGUGUAUACUUUCGUCUAUUGUUGCAGAGUUCACCACCCCCGACAACGACCAAGCUCUUCUCAAGCUCUAUACCGGAGCAGUUUUUUCUGUAAGAAUCGAACCACGCAGUUUCAUUGUCAAACGAUCCUGGCACGAGAGUAGGUACCCCCCUUUGGUGGAAGUAAUCCAGGCCUAACACCGUUCCUCCAACGAAGGCAAAGCUCGUCCCGCAAGAACAGCUAUGAUGACCUAUGAAAUCCACCAGUACGCCACCGUUGGUGAAUCGGCCUUUGGGACACCCGGGAUUCGUGACACCGUACGGACUGGGUGGCGUGCCCGGAUGCAAAGUUCCCAGUGUCGUCCAGGGAGUCCCCGAGAACGUACAUCGCUUUGAAGCACCUAGAUAUCUGUGCGGAGGAGCCAUUUGAGACGCGUAGCGGAAUACAAGAAAGAGAAAUAUAAGCCCCAUGAGGGGAAGUUCCAAAUGCGUGGAACAUAAUGGUGCCGAAUUAAAUGAUCAUUCCAAAGAUAUUGUUAGACCGAAUUAUCCGAAAAACACAAGUCCACACAAAGCUUUAAAAGAUUUCACAUCACAUACAGAUUUAUACAAAUGGUAGACGCUUUCAA